CCCCGCACCCCUCCCGCAGGCGGUGCGGCGGGAGCGGCGCCCCCUCUCCGCUUCACCACCCGCGCCACGCCCGCCGGCGCAGCGCCGGCUCCUGCGCGGCCGCCCCACCGGCAGCAGGCGGCCGGGAGCCGCGGGGAGGCGGAGGCGGGGGAGGCGCUGCCGCCGGGCGCUCUCCGUCCGCCCCACACCGACGUCGGCGUGAAACCCCGCCGGCGGCCUGGGAGGAUCGGGGCGGUAGGCGCGUCGCGGGUGAGAAGCGGCAGAUGCUUCCGGAGGCGCAGCCCCGCCGGAGGGGGUCUGCCCUGGCCAGUGCCUGUCCGUGUGCCGGCUGAAGCGCUCGGCCAGCCCGCCCCCUCCGGGACGCGGGCACCCACCGGGAGGGUGUCGGGGAGCGGGCGGAGCCAUGCGCCCCUCCGAGGAGUGACGGGCCGUCCAGUCUGCGCCGCUGCGGACGCCGAACCACCGCGGAGGUGGCCCGAGGUGACAGGAGGCCGGGAGAGGUGCCGCGCCAGCGCCGGGAGCGCUGCCACCAAAGGUCAGCUACAACGUGUCUCUCCAGGAAGACUCCACAAUGAAAAAAACAACCCACAAUUGCUUCUUAGUGAUCAUCCUUCUACUUAGAAUGGUUCCAAGUCUUUCUUCUACUGUAAAUUAUACUGAUCCUACAUUAGAGCCUGUAGUAACUGAAAAUUCAGUCAUACGACAGAAGAUAAUAGAUUCGCAGUUCAAAUGCUAUGAGAGGAUGAACAGAGCUCCUCCGUAUAAGAAAAAAGGUCUGUUCUGCAACCGAACGUGGGACGGCUGGUUGUGCUGGGAUGACACACCUGCUGGCAGAAUCACUGCUCAGAAUUGUCCAGAUUAUUUUCCAGACUUUGAUCCAACUGAGAGGGCUUCAAAAUACUGUGAUGAAACUGGAAACUGGUUCCGCCAUCCUGAGAGCAACCGAACGUGGUCCAACUAUACCCUGUGCAACUCUUUCACUUCUGAAAAAUUAAAGAUGGCGUUCAUACUUUAUUAUAUGGCGAUCGUUGGCCAUGCUUUGUCUAUAACAUCACUGUUGAUUUCCUUGGCAAUUUUCUUCUAUUUCAAGAGCCUCAGCUGUCAGAGGAUAACACUGCAUAAGAAUUUGUUUUCUUCUUAUGUGCUGAACUCCGUGUUUACAAUUGCCCACCUCAUUGCUGUUGUGCCUAACCCAGGCCUUGUAAAAAGGGAUCCUGUAAGCUGCAAAGUCCUGCAAUUCUUUCAUCAGUACAUGUUGGGCUGCAACUACUUCUGGAUGCUCUGCGAAGGCAUUUAUCUUCACACACUGAUUGUGGUGGCAGUGUUUGCUGAGGAGCAGCGUUUGCACUGGUAUUACCUCCUGGGCUGGGGGUUCCCUUUAGUGCCAGCAUCUAUUCACGCUGUUGCAAGAGCCAGAUACUUCAAUGACAACUGCUGGAUGAGUGUUGACACGCACUUGCUCUAUAUUGUUCAUGGACCUGUAAUGGCAGCUUUAUUGGUCAAUUUUUUCUUUUUGCUUAACAUUGUCCGAGUUUUGGUGACAAAGCUGAGAGAUACCCACCGUGCUGAGUCCAACAUGUAUAUGAAAGCUGUCAGAGCCACUUUAAUCCUGGUGCCCUUGCUAGGAAUUCAGUUUGUUAUUAUUCCCUGGAGACCAGAAAACCGACUCGCUGGAGAAAUAUAUGAUUACAUCAUGCAUAUAUUAAUGCAUUACCAGGGCUUACUUGUGGCAACUAUAUUCUGCUUCUUCAAUGGUGAGGUACAAGGAGCUUUGAAGAGGCAGUGGACACAGUACAAAACCCAGUGGGGCCAAAGGCGCCGAGAACACUGUUCCACUCGAUCUACCUCCUACACUGCAACAUCAAUCACAGAGGUCCCUGUCUACCUGUACCAUCAUGAUUCCAACAAUGAACAGUUAAAUGGAAGAUACGUAGAGGACUCGGAACUUGUGGCAUUAAAAUCUGGGGAGACGUCUGCCUAACUUAGUACCAGCCAUUGCAAAUACAUAGCAUUUCACAUUCUGCUUGUGAACAAAGUGGGGACAAAGGUGGGUCCAAACGCAAGCCACUGUGUCAGAAGGCAAGACGAGGUGAAAACACAUCAUAUUCAAACCACAUCAGCCUCUGACAGCAAUGGCAUAGAGGGAGUCUGAUGCAGAUCUGGGAAUAACAUUUCUUCCUGUGUGCUGCAGCAGGGAGUGAACAGGGACCUACUCUCCAGGGUAUGUAAUCUUCACAUCUCCUGAUACCAGCCAUGGGAAGUGACCAUCCAACAGUAGUAAGUGCCAGGUAGCCCAUAGCAAAUAGGAAAGAACGAACCAGUACGAGGCACUUGGAGCCUUUCAGUACUUUUUGCUUUCAGUACUUUAACACUAGAUUUUGAACUAUAUCAACUUUCACAAGAUGUAACUGGCUUGGAGUCCUUUAUUUUCCCCCUUCUAAUAAGCUCAAUGACUGCUUCAAAGAUUUUGCACAUUGCAAGACAAAUCAAACAUAUGAACAGAAAAAGAGUCACUCUAGAGUAUUCAAAUCUUGAUCUCCAAAGGAUGCCCAAAAUAUUACCAUCCCCAAAGGAUACCCUAAAAUAUUAUCAUCCCAUUAACAGGCGCAUAAAGCAAAGGAAGGUGAAAUAGUCAUUGCAUACCAAGAUCUCAAACACCCUCAGAGAAACAGGUCAGUUCUUUAGGCUGCAUCACACAAGUCCUGAAGGCAUCUCAAAAUAGUUUUUGUUUAACAAUUCCGGUAGAUCAAGAAUUUUUAUUUACAGGAAAAAUUUUCAGCCUAUCACUCUUCCGAGGAACUCAUCAUUAAGGGACAAUUCUUUCACUCUGAAUAAACUGAAAUUUGUUUGGAAAUCAUUAUUUUCUUUAAUAACCAUUCUGAGGUGAGUGCUUGUCUCUGUUAUAAAAUUAUGACCAUGGCAGUAAAGGAUCCCAGGUAAGAAAUAGGAGAUUAAUGUCUUAGCACAGGAAGCAUCUAUUUUUAGAAUCUGGUUCAGAGUCCCUAAUCUUAAAUUAGUCCUGCCAUAAACAUUGAUAAUCUAUUUUAGAUUCUACUGAAGUUAGCAGACAAAUCCCCAUUGACUUAGAUGAGCAGUGAACAACUCUCUUCAGUGUUCAGGAAUGACUUAUGCAAUACAGCUCAGUGUAGACCUUGAAAACAGAAGACAAUUUCAUCCUUAGUGAUUUGAAACCAUUUUUACAUCUUGUGUUCAGCCAGGCUCAGUUUUUCCUUCACUGACACAGCUAGACCCUAAGCUUUACGCUUCAUUUGUAAAUUUUAAGUGGAGGGCUUCUGUACGUGUCUAUCUACAGAAGUCACCAUCUCGCUGGAGAAGUUUCUUCCCGGAAUGAGUUUGUGAGGGACAAGCAUAUACCGAGCACUACGAGAGGGGACUGAAUUCUCACUAUCUGUACAUGAGGCAAUGCCUUGCAGGGAAGGGGUUUGCUCUGCUUGUGCCACCAGCACAUGCACACAGCCGCUGUGCACUACUAAAGCUUCCUCUGAAGUGUGAGGAGUGAGCUUGCAGCACCGUGACUGUAGAACAAGACAGGAGCUGGGGAAGAGGAACUAACUGACCACCAACGUUGCAGAUUAUCCCGUGGUUAAUCCAGUGGAACGUUUACAGGAAAAUACUAUCAAUCAUGUGCAUUUGUUCAAGCCACAUACCUAUUUUUCAGACUUCAAGGAAUAUGAAGGUGGUUAUUUUUUCAGACAACAGUAUUUCGCAUAUUGCUAUUUCUACUUUUACCUGUGAACAAUGGGAAGUGGCAGAUUCAGGCAUUAAAAAAAAUAAAGUGGCUCUGCCAUGAAUGCUGUAUUUCUGAAUAGCUUUGGGGCACACCGCACUUCCCAGGAGUGCUGCAGAAGGCAUUCCUAGUUUCUAAAGACACAAAUGAGCUGAUGGUAAAAGAAGUGUGCAUAAUACGGAGUUUAAUAAUGAACAUGUUGGUUUUAAUAUUGUACACGUUUACAACAUGUAAGUGCAACUUGUUUCACAGUCUAUUAUGUUCAUAUGGAUGUACAAAAUGGAAAUGCUUUGCCAUUA